AUGGCGUCGCCAGUCACAGCGUCCAUCUCCACUGCCAGGCUAGCGCAGCCAAUAGCGUCGCUAUCGGCGUCGCCCUCGUGGCAGCAACCCUUCGUGGGCCUUCAGUCGCAAUCGUCCUCCGUGGCGUCGUUGCGUGGCGGUGCGCGUUCUCUCUCCGACCGCCUCUUCCACACUGUCGCCGCCGCCACCUCCGCCGCUCGUCCCGCUGGCGCGGGGCGGCGAGCGCGCGUGGUGAUGAUGCCGAUCGGCACGCCCAAGGUGCCGUACCGCACACCGGGCGAGGGCGGGUGGCAGUGGGUCGACAUCUGGAACGUGCUGUACCGCGAGCGGAUCAUAUUCAUAGGGCAGUUCAUGGACGAGGAGUACACGAACCAGGUGCUGGCCACCAUGCUGUACCUCGACAGCCUCGACUCCAGCAAGCCCAUGUACAUGUACAUCAACAGCCCUGGUGGCGAGUUGACGCCCACACUCGCCCUGUACGACACGAUUCGCUCCAUUAAGUCCCCGGUGGGCACGCUCGCUCUCGGCUACGCCUACAACAACGCUGGCUUCCUCCUCGCUGCUGGCACCAAGGGUCUGCGUGUGGCCAUGCCCAUGACCCGAGUGGCUCUGCAAUCGCCUGCAGGAGCUGCCCGCGGCCAGGCGGAUGACAUUCAGAACGAGGCGAGGGAGCUGUCCCGGGUGCGCACUUACGUUUUUGGGGAGCUUGCUAAGAUGUCAGGCCAGCCCGUGGAGAAGGUGACCAAGGACCUGUCACGGAUAAAGCGGUUCAGUGCACAGGAGGCGCUGGACUACGGCCUCAUUGACCGCAUUGUCAGGCCACGCCGAAAUCUGGCCAUGGUGACCGACGAUGCCCUUGGCCUACUCGGUGAAGGUCAUCUUGUUUCCGAGUUCAGAGCUUUUGCCAGCAGGUUUGCCAAAGCUUACGAGACACAGCAUGAAGCUUUGACGCGGUUUCGCAUUUUUACUCAAAACUGGAAGCUAAUUCACGAGGCUAAUUCCGCCAACCUGCCGUACAAGCUUGAAAUCAAUGAAUUUGCUGACAUCUCUUGGGAGGAAUUCAAGCAGCACAAGCUGGGCGCGUCUCAGAAUUGCUCCGCUACGGAGGGCGGUCAUGUUCUUACUUACAAAAAUCUGCCGUUGCGCAAAGAUUGGCGGGAUGAAGGUGUCGUCAGUCCAGUGAAGAAUCAAGGCCACUGCGGUUCUUGCUGGACCUUCAGCACCACUGGAGCCUUGGAGGCGGCGUACCUCCAGAAGACUGGUAAUUUCGUCUCGCUCUCUGAGCAGCAGCUGGUUGAUUGCGCUGGGGAGUACAAUAAUCACGGCUGCAACGGUGGCUUACCUUCGCAGGCGUUUGAGUAUGUGAAGUACAAUGGAGGCAUUGAUACAGAAGACGCGUAUCCGUACCUAGGUCAGAAUGACCAAUGUCACUUCGCUCCCAAGCGGGUUGGAGCACGAGUUGCAGAUGUUGUAAACAUCACAGAGUACGAUGAGGCGAGUCUUCAAGAUGCUGUGGCAUUUACACUUGCAAGUCGGGACCUGAUACUGUCAAUCAUGCCGUUCUGGCGGUUGGAAUAUGUGUGGUGUGGCAACUUGUGCGUCCUAUCCGGUACUCGAAGACUAGUCCACGUCUACCACUGGCCUGACAGGUUGACUGAGAAUGAGUGGAAGGCAGCUACGUCAGGCGGAGCCUUUGCAGUGGGAAACUUGUUGAGCAGAUUGGUGUAUUUCUCUUACGGUAGUGCUAAUGGAGAGUAG